AUGGUGAGAAAAGCGUUUGAAGAAAAGAAAUACUGUUCCGCACUCUUCAUCUGCAUCUCUCAAACGUUUGAUAAGUUUUGUGCAAGAAUGGCUAGUACUUCUACAAAAAGAAGCCGUGCGUCUGCCGAGCAGCUAAGUCAAAUGGUUGACUUCAUGGUAAACAACCCGGGACUUGCUGGCGGAAAAUUUAAAAAGAUGCACGGAAAAUUGGAGUGCGACAAGAAGUGGGCCGAAUUGUCGGAAACCCUUAAUUGUCUUGGCGGGGCGGUUAAAGCGGUCAACCAGUGGCAGGCGGUUUGGAAAGAAUUAAAAAGUCGAACCAGUACCAAAGUACGAGAUCGAAAAAGGCAACAAGCGCUAACAGGAAAUAGGCCAUUGACACAGGAGGCCUUAAGUGAUAUGGAAAGGCGGGUAGUUGCUGUCAUCGGAAAUGACUACAUAGAGGGCCACGAAUCCGUUACCGAAAAUAUUCCAAUGGAAGAGCACUUCCAAGAGGACACCACGAAGAGGGCUGAAAAGAAAACGGCUGAGGACGACAGUGAAACAAAAAAACAAUUCUUGGAAGUAGCAAGCAAACAGGCUGAUGCCUUAAAGAUGCUAUCCGAAUGUUGCGCUUCCAACGUAACCACUAACAAAAUUAUGGCCGAUGCCAUAAAAUCGAUGGCGGAAGGCCUUAAACAAACUGCCACUGCGAUUACCAAUUUAGGCAAUGUAAUAAGCAAAAUACUUAAAGAGUAA